GCUCCAUACUCUCGUGAAAACAGGUGCAUGCGGGAAAUAACGGCGCAAGCGCCCGGCGACAGGAGAGGCAUCGAUGCCAACGGAAAUCCUGGGAUCGACCAGGAAUCGAGCGAAACUGCGGGGAAAGAGACCCUGGCGCAUGGGCUAAGAGCCCGCGUUGUAGAUGCCCUCAUUCGCCAAUCUUUCUCCCCUCGCCGACGUACGCCGUCCGGCGCCGCUCAUGGCAGCGUACCACCUCAGCGCGCAGCUCCACGGCCACGGUGGCGAUGUUUCUAGGAUAUGUAUCUGUGGUGAUGUGGGUGUUGCAACCUCAUCAAGCGAUGGAACCGUGAGAUUCUGGACGCAGCACCCGGAAAAGAAGUGCGAAUAUGUCCUCUCGAAAACCCUUGCAGGACAUUUUAGUUUUGUUGGUGCAAUGGUUUGGGCCCCUCCUUCUGAUCGCUUUCCGGAAGGAGCAAUUGUUUCUGGUGGCAUGGAUACACUAGUAUUGCUGUGGAAUUUGCAUACAGGAGAAGUUGUUGGAACAAUGAAGGGUCACACCUCACAGGUGACUGGUCUUGCUAUCGAUGACAACGGUGACAUGAUAUCUUCAUCGAUGGAUUGUACUUUGAGAAGGUGGAGAGAUGGCAAUGCUGUAGAGAUCUUGGUGGCCCAUGAAGCCGCAGUGCAAACUGUUCUUAAGCUGCCCUCGGGAGAACUAUUUACGGGUUCAAGUGAUUCCACCAUCAAACUUUGGAAAGGAAGGAUUUGUCUACAUACAUUCUCUGGGCAUGCAGACACUGUUUGUUGUUUAGCACAGAUGCCAGGAAUGGGUAUACUCUCUGCAUCACAUGAUGCAACUAUAAAGUUAUGGGCAUUAACUGGCCAACCCCUGUUGGAGAUGAUUGGCCAUACCUCUCUUGUAUAUUCUGUGGAUGCUCAUUCAUCUGGUCUUAUUGCUAGUGGCAGUCGAGAUCGCUCGGUCAAGAUAUGGAAAGAUGGAAUCUGUGUUCAGAGCAUUGAACACCCAGGCCGUAUAUGGGAUGCUAAAUUUUUGGAUAAUGGCGAUGUUGUAACUGCAUGUUGUGAUGGAAUUGUGAGGAUAUGGACAACUGGCAAUAAUAGGCCCUGCCGUGAUGAGGAACUUGCAGCAUAUAGAAAGACUGUUGGUGGACUGAAGCUGAUGGAUCCAUCAGGAGCUGCGGGAAUGACACAACAAGGAAUCGUUGCACAAACGCUAAUUGUUAGAGAGGGACACACCGGUGUUGCUUAUUCAUGGAAUUCAAAAGAGCUAAAAUGGGACAAAGGCUAUCCUCCAACCACUGUGAGUAAAAAUCAGUACCCUACCUCUUGGAGGGCCGCGCAGCCCUGCGACAGCAUCCCAGAGGAUAUCAUCAUCUGGGAGAUAAUCCCCCGCCUGCCAGCGAAGGCCUUUGCCCGCUGCCGCGCCAUCUGCCGCUUGUGGCGCCAUGUCCUCACCUCCAACAGUGACCUCCUCCUCAAGCACCACUGCGCCCAGCCCUCCCACCCCAUUGCCUCUUGCAUGGAGCGCUCCGACCGCAUGCUCUACGAUCUCUGCGCCUUCGACCCGUGGGCCAGCGUGCUCUCACCCUUUGCUCAGCUCUGGGACCCCUGCCUCAUGGUCAGGGCCUCCUGCGACGGCCUCCUCGUCCUCUCUAGGCCACGGUGCUUCUACGUCUGCAACCCGACCACCAGGGAAUGGCUUUCCAAGUGCUUCCUUCCGCACUUCCUGGGGUUCUAUCCCCACCGCUCUUCCGGAGAGUGCAGGGUACUUUGCAGGAGCAGCCCGUCCCUGGACCCUCAUUCGGAUGACAAACCUUCCUACUACAUCUUCACGUUGGGUUCUUCGGAGCAGAGGUGCAUCGGCCGGCCAGCGGCGUCGGCGUCCGAAGAUGACGCACUGGCGGAGGGCAGUGUCAAUACAACAUCCUACCGCCCGUCGGUCCUGUUCCAGGAAGACCUGCACUUCUACCCUGUGAAGAAACAUGGCAGCAACAUGCUGAUGGUAUUCAAUACCACUGCCGAGUCAUUCCGUUGGAUGUCUGCUCCGGCUACCCCUGAGUCGGCCACUUUGUUUGAGAUGGAUGGCAAGCUCGUCCUCUACUACAUCGAUGAGGACAUCACCAUGAUUGAUAUUUGUGUGCUACAGGACUAUGAUAAUGAGGUCUGGGAGUUCAAGUACAAGAUCAAGCUUCCAGUGGCAGACCUUCGUCUGUCAGCUCGAUCACGUGGUUAUAUAUCGCCGGUCUUGUAUGAGAAGGGUGGUGUGCUCAUCUCAAUGCAUAGCCGUCUUGUUCAAGUUGACACUCUGGGAAGUGUGAGGUCAGAUAUUAUAUGGAGUGGCUCGAAUCUGUCGAUUACGCCGUAUAAGCUCAAACAAAGCCUGGUUCGUCACACAUUCUUUCCGAGUCAACCUGGUGGCGCUUCCUCAGGGGGACCUUUCAUCUGAUGACUGGUUGGUGAGAAGGUGCUUCUUAUUCUUAUUGACAUUAGUGUUACAAUGCCUUGGAGCUUUUCUGGCAUGACCUCAUUGUUGUUUACAAACAAUUCUGAUCUUCCUUGUAACAAUACCCUUGGAGCUUUUCUGGCAUGACCUCAUUAUUGACAUUAGUGCUAAAUAUUUAUGUCUUGUUGUC